AUGGGGAUAAGGGGGAACAUUAUGGUGUGGGUCUUCUUUUUCAUGGCAGGGCUGUGGUGGCGAGCCGGGGAGGGGCUGGGAGUGAACUGGGGGACGCAGGCGACGCACCAGCUGCCGCCGAAGACGGUGGUGCAGAUGCUGCGGGAUAACGGGUUCGAGAAGGUGAAGCUCUUCGAUGCCGCAGCCUCCACCAUGAGCGCCCUGGCCGGCUCCGGCAUCGAGGUCAUGGUCGCCAUCCCCAACGAUCAGCUAGAAACCAUGAACGACUACGACUCCGCGAAGAAGUGGGUGAAGAGGAGCGUCACCCGUUACCUCUUCAACGGAGGAGUCGACGUCAAGUGCGUACAACUCUGAGAUGUUCUUCCCUAUUCUGUGGUCAAAAAUCGUGCAGUUCUCAUCAACUUUUUUUGAUCGAGGAAUUUUUUCAAGUUUGAUCGAAACCCAGCAGGGUUCUUUCGCUGAUUUCUCUGGUUAUUUUUUCCCGGAGAAAGUAUCCGAAGCAUCGUUUAAAGGUGGGCAAUUUAUUCACAGAACACCAAAAGGUUGGGUUAUUUUAUCGGGUUCUUCUAUGUUUAAUCGUUGUUCGUGACAAACUUUCCGCUUAUAUUUUCUUGAGUCUCUAGAAUCAAAAAGCUUCAGCCUUUACGGCGAUUCAAAUCCUGGGCUUGAAUCGAGUUCUUGUUGGGUGUUGAAUAAAAUCCUCUCUGCCCUUCUUCGUUCUCCACCCUCUUGGAACGAUUCGAUUCCUGAUUCAACUCGUUCACUUCCCCCCUCAUCUCUCUCUCUCUCUCUCUCUCGCGACAGAGUCGCUGGCUUUCCUUUGGUAUCCAAUCAGAAGGUUUGGAUUGCUAUUAAAAAAAAAGGAUCGCUUAUAUAUUCUUCAGUCUCUGGAAUCAAAAUGUUCCAGUCUAUUCGGCGAUUCGAAUCCUGGGCUUGAAUCGAUGUUGGGUUUAAGAAAAUCCUCUCCCCUGUUCCUUCUUGGGGAAGGAGGCACACGUUCUCUCUCUCUAUCUCUCUCUCUCUCUCUCUCUCUCUCUUCAGAGGUGCGAACUUUCAAUGUGUUGGAACCCCCUCCGCCCCUGCUUGUUCUUCACCAUCUUUGGAUUUCAGAUUUCCUAAAAUCCUCAGAAACGAUUACAUUCUUUCAUGGGGAAGGAAUCCCUCAUUGACUCUCUCUCUCUCUCUCUCUCUCGCUGUGUAUAUCUCUCUCUUGAAAAUCAGAGGACACUGACUUUUUCGUGGGCUCUGGGCAGGUACGUGGCGGUUGGUAACGAGCCCUUCUUGUCGUCGUACAACGGGUCGUUCCUGAACACGACCCUUCCCGCUCUUCAGAACAUCCAGAACGCCCUCAACGAGGCCGGCGUCGGCGACAAGAUCAAGGCCACCGUCCCCCUCAACGCCGAUGUGUACUACGCCUCCGCCGUCACCCCCUCCUCCGGCAGGUUCAGAGCCGACAUCGCAGACCUCAUGACCAACAUCGUCGAGUUCCUCGCCAAGAACAGCGCCCCCUUCACCGUCAACAUCUACCCCUUCCUCAGCCUCUACAGCGAUAAGAGCUUCCCCUUCGACUUCGCCUUCUUUGACGGCAACGCCGCCCCCGUCGUCGACGGCAACAUCCAGUACACCAACGUCUUCGACGCCAACUUCGACACCCUCGUCUCCGCGCUCGCCGCCGUGGGCCACAGCGCCAUGCCGAUCAUCGUCGGCGAGGUCGGCUGGCCCACGGAGGGUGACAUCAACGCGCGCGCAGCGUACGCCCAGCGCUUCUACGGCGGGCUGCUCCGCCGAAUCGCCGCCAAGGUCGGCACGCCGCUCCGCCCCAAUGGCGGCGACCUGGAAAUUUACCUCUUCGGGCUCAUCGACGAGGACGCGAAGAGCAUCGCUCCGGGGAACUUCGAGCGCCACUGGGGCAUCUUCCGCUACGAUGGGCAGCCCAAGUUCGCCAUGGAUCUCUCCGGGCAGGGAGGGCAAAGUUUCCUUGUGCCGGCGAAGGGGGUGGAGUAUCUGCCGGCGCGUUGGUGCGUGUUCAAUCCGGCGACGGAGGACCUGAGCAAGCUCGGGGAGAGCAUCACCUACGCUUGCACCUUCUCGGACUGCACCGCGUUAGGGUAUGGGUCCUCCUGCAACGGACUGGACGAGCGGGGGAACGCGUCGUACGCCUUCAACAUGUUCUUCCAGGUGCAGAACCAGGCGGAUGAGAGCUGCUACUUUGGAGGGCUGGCCAUGGUGACCACACAGAACGCCUCCACGGGAACAUGCAACUUCACCGUCCAGAUCGCCUCCGCCGCCGUCCAAGCCACCGCCGCCUCCUCGGUGGUGGCGCUUCUUUCGGGCGUCUCCGUCAUGCUGCUCCUGCUGUUCGUUCUCUGA